GUGCCGGAAUCAAUCGCAUAAAACGAAAAGUGCCUAUUUGUUUUUUCUUUGAAAAAUUGAAUAUAUGACUAUGCCUAAUAAAAAUAAUAAAUUUAUCCAAUAUAUUUUUAAUCUGAUAUAAAAAGAUAAAAAAUAAAUAUCUUAAAAUAAUAUAUAGAUACCUUCGUUUGAAAGAUAUAAUAUUAAUGUGUAAAAAUAAAUAUUUUCCGGUUUUAACAUAACCUCUUAUGUUAAAAGAAAAAGAGAAAAGUUUUCAAAGAAUUAAUUUCGAAAAUAAAAAUUUUAUGUUUUAAAAAAUUUAUUUAAAAAAACAAUGAAUCUUUAAGUAACAUAUAAUUUAUAUUAUUUAACUUGUAUAAUAUUUGCUUCAGCGUAUAGCUUAUGUUGUAUAUCCAUAGGCAAUUCUUUCAUGAUUUAAAAACAAAAUCCAUUCGUUGAUAUUUCUUUUUUUACUUUAUGCAGUUUUGCUGUAGUAAAGAAGUUGCGUAAAGCAAAAAAAGAAACAUUGCCGAAAAUUGUUAAAACUUAUUUGCGUAAUAUGAUUAUAGUACCAAAAAUGAAUUAAUUAUAAAUGGAUUAAUUGCUGUUUUCAAUGUUUUUUCUUAAAUCGUAAAUAAUUUUAAGAACAAUAAAGAACAAGAAAACAAUAAGAACAAUAAAUAUUGUAUUUAUAAUAAUAUACUAUAUGCUACUAAAAGCUAGAGAUUUUUAUCUAGUAAUAUUUAGUUAGUGCCGAAAUCGAUCACAAUAUAGAACGAAGGGCGCUGUUUCUUGUUGUCGUUUCUUUCAAGAGCUGAAAACAUGGCUGAGGCAGAAGAAACUCAAAAGAAAAAGAGGACUUUCCGAAAGUUCACCUUUCGGGGAGUUGAUCUUGAUCAACUCCUUGAUAUGCCAAAUGAACAGCUUAUGGUUUUAAUGCAUGCCCGUGCUCGAAGACGAUUUUCUCAUGGUCUAAAAAGAAAAUCUAUGGCUUUGGUUAAAAAGUUACGUAAAGCAAAAAAGGAAACACCACCGAAUGAAAAACCAGAAAUUGUUAAAACUCAUUUACGUAAUAUGAUUAUUGUACCAGAAAUGGUAGGUUCAAUUGUUGGUGUUUAUAAUGGUAAAACAUUUAAUCAAGUUGAAAUUAAACCUGAAAUGAUCGGUCAUUAUUUGGGAGAAUUUUCUGUUACGUAUAAACCUGUAAAGCACGGUAGACCGGGUAUUGGUGCUACUCAUUCUUCAAGAUUUAUUCCACUAAAAUAAUUUAUAUUUGUAAUGUGAAUAAACUAUAUAAAAAAUAA